CAAUGGGCUCAGUGAAACUCAUGUUAAGUGCAUAUUCUCUGGUACAACCAUGUCUCAAAAAAAGUUGGAAUCUUGAGUGAGAGAUAAAUGAAACAAUGUGAUAAUCAGCUAAUCCUAAAAUAUGCACAACUGAAAACUGAGAUAGUAUGAUUGGGUAUGAAAGGGCUAUCUUCGAAAGGCUUAGUCAUUCACAAGCAAGUAUGGGGCGAGGUUCCCCACUUACCAGGAUACGAAAACAUGUGCUCAAGAACACUAUGGAAAACCACUGUUGGUAAAAACAGUUAAUUUGCAAAUUAUUGCAUUCUGGAUUUAUUUACAUUUUAUACAAUUACAUUACAUCUUUUUUGCUAUCUUGUAUGUCUAAGUUGCAGUCAAAACAGACAGACAACUGUAUAAUGUGAUAAUAUUUUUCUUUUUCUCCCUUUCUUUAGUUUCCCUUUCGCUCCCUGAGGCUCCCUGCAGGGCGAAGAUGAAGCUGAUUUCAUUGUCUGUGCUGUGUCUGUCACUUCUUUUGUUUCAUACCCAUUUUUCUCAUGCCAGAGGUGGAAGAGGAGGUUCAAAGAAGAGCCCCACACCCAACCGGGGCAGCAGCCACACUAACACUAAUACAGGCCACAAAACUAGUCAAGGCUCCCAAUCUCAUGGUGGACAUCAGCCUGGAUCAGGCAGAUCUGGGACUUCAGGAAAUAACCCCCAUCAGCCAGGAGGAGGAGGUUCCCACAACCAGAAUCCAUAUGGAGGAGGUUAUGGCAGUUAUGGUGGUCACGGAAGUUAUGGUGGACAUGGCAGUUAUGGUGGCCGUGGUGGUCAUGGAGGUUAUGGUGGUCGGGGCAGUUAUGGAGGUUAUGGAGGUUAUGGUGGUCAAGGUGGUUAUAGAGGUUAUGGCAGUUCUGGAGGUUAUCCAGGUGGAUACAUCAACCAAAACCCAAACAACAGAAUCUUGAGUCCUCACUAUGGCGGCAGCUUUGGAUAUGGGGGUCAUGUUGUUGGGGGUGGCUCUCCCUUUUCCCGCUCAGUUCAGUCAAUGGGCGUGUUACCCUCUGAUAAAUCCAAGGGUUUUGGGCGCACUGCGGUGGUGGCAGCAGGUGGAGGAGCUAUGGCUGGAAUGGCCCUGGGCUAUGGAUUAGGAAGCUUCCCCCGUCCUCACUUUAACUUCCACAGCCCCCAGGAGGAGUAUUACUACAACAAUUACAUGCACAAGAAAUAUGGUGCCAAGUCAACUAAUACCAGAAGUACUGAUACCAAUACCUACAGAGAGGGAGAGAGAGAGAGAGAGAGAGAGAGAGAGCGAGAGAGAGAGCGAGAGGAUAGCUACAGCAAUCCUCCUGAAACCUAUGAGAGUUUCAUGGACUCUUGCAUGAAGAGAACAGAUCUUCUGCCUACAGGGAAUCGACAGCUUGACAACAAACCAGCUACCACUGCCACAGCAAAAACUACUGUUGUCUCCUCAGCUCCAGACGCUGGCACAGGAAACAACACAUCUAAGAGCAACAGCUCUGCAGCAGACAACUCCUCGACCUCUGCACCUUCAACUCCCCAUCCUCUAAAUAAGCCUGAAGCCAAUUUUGUGAAUCUGAAUACAGGAGAAGCCACUACUGAUGAUAACGAUGAUGAUACAGUCAGCAUUGCUGACAUUGGCUACCCAGCACUGAUCAAACAGGUGAAGGUCAGAAGAUGCCUGGAGAAGUACAUGGUUUACUCUGAAAAGUUGAGAGGAGGGGUGCAGGGACUGGAGAUAGGCUUGCAAGGGCUUUUUGCUCUGGUCACCAGUACUACAUUGAUGGUACUGAACAGCAACAUGCUAAUGCUGCUGUACUGA